AUGUAUCUAGCAAAACCUGCAUUUUUAGAAAUGCAGGAACUAAUGACGGGUGUUGUUGUUGAUGGUGUUUAUCGUCUUUCACCUCAGUUACAACCAGAUAAAUGUCUUGGUGCUUCUCAAAUUGGUAUUAAUAGUAUUGUUCAACUUUACAAUGAUGAAUGUAAUAAAACAAAUCAAAAAUGGAAUAUAACAUGGCUUGGUGAUGGAACCUAUCGUUUCUCAUUACAAAGUACUCAAAAUUUUGUUCUUGGUACGUACAAUGUGUCGGCAUCAUUAGGACACGUUCAAACAUAUAAUUGGUUAGAUAAUGCUAAUCAAAGAUGGGCUUUUUCUGCAAAAGGUAAUGAUAUAUUUCGUAUUGUACCACAAACAGCGUGGUGGAAAGUAAUGACUACGAAUGGUACAUCAAAUAUUGGUAUUGUUGAUUAUUUUACCAGUAAAUCUCAACAUUGGAUUUUAACUAAAGUGUAA